AUGCCGCCGAAGGAGCCAACACCAGGCGGCUUUCAGUUCGUCCACAUAUCCCACCCUGACAAUGCCCCUGCCUGGAAGAAGAAGGUUCGCUCUCAUGCAGCACGCAACUCUCAGGCUCGGCAAAAGAGAGUGGCCGACCACCAGUCGGUGUUGUCGGCGGAGCACCCACCAAGAGAUGAAUUACUAGCGUUGACGCCCGCUGCGAGCCCCCUGAGCCCUCACAUCGUAGCCAUUGCCAGUCCGCAGUCUGUUCUCGGUGCUGCCAGGACGGACCCGUUCGACAGCUUUGCGCGGCGACUCUCCCCGCUUGAAGGAUUCCUCCUCGAUCACUUCGUCAAAUAUGUCAUCCUGUCCUCUUCGUUGGCUUGUUUCCCCAUCCAAGCCAAUAUCGAGAAACAGGUUAUUCGAGACGGCAUGGCCAAGUCCUGGAUGCAGAUGGCAGCCACCGACGCCGGCGUCCUUGCGGGCGUUCUCCUCGUUGCAAGUCGUCAUCUAUCCACGCUGAAUCAUGCAGAGAUAUACGCCAACCAGGCGUUGAAGUACAAGACCGAGUGCAUCCGUAUGUUGAACCUCGCCUUGACUUUAGAGGGCCAGUCGGUCAGCGAUGCGACGAUUCUCAAGACCCUCGCUCUUGCAUCUGACGCUCGUGGUCUCAGGUGCUCCCGAUUCCCCGGCAGUUCCAAAUUCCCCCGAAUCACUUCAAUCGGUCUCACAAUCAGCCGCUUCAACUCGGAGUUCGGGAACGUUAUCAUUCUCGUCCACUUUCGAACCCACAGCGACGAGGCCAUCUUCGACGACAUCUCCACAAUCUUCGCAUAUCUCUUCCCUUCGAUCAAAGACCUGUCGUCCAACCAGGAUCUUCGACUGAGAGUGAAUGGAUGA